CCUAGAGACUAUCAAUUACAUUUUGGAAUCAUGGGUCUAUCCUUUCAAGCUGCCCAAGAAGGACCAUUAUUAGCUUGUAGUAGUUUGUUCAAGAGCAAGAGGCACUAGUUGCAGGACAUUGAGACACUGAGCUCUAUGAAGCUAUAAAGCUGAGAGCUAACAACUUAGAUCAAAACAACGUUUUUUUUUUUUUUAAACUGGAAUCUGAGGUCUACACUUUUACCUGCUCUCCUGAAAACUUAGAGGACAGGAGUUAGGGGAAGGAUACCAGCGUAUGCAAGCCCUCCCCAUUCCAAGGAAAAUAAAAGAGACCUCAUUGUCUCAAACUCAUCUUGUGAGGCUCGAGGAGAACAGACUGCUAGUGGGACCAAGGGGUUACAGUGACAAGGUGACAAGAAGUUCCUGGCUUGGGUGGGGUCUUUUCUUGGGAGUCAUAACUAAAAAAACAAAACUGAAAAGUAUCUGCAUCUCUGACCUGGCACUGAGCCCAUGUCUUUAUAGUUGGAUAAAUAAUGCAUUUUAUAUGAAUAUGAGAGGAGUAGCCUUACAAAUAACAUCAUAUGAGAAGGAUGGAUCUUCAGUGAUAAGCACAAUGGCUUGGUGAGGAAAGAAAAGCCAAUAAAGACUAGGGGAAAGAUUGGGAAAGAGGCAUGAACUAAAAGUCCCAGUUCACCUCAUCUCUCAGUUCUCUCAAAACAAGCAAACAAGAUAGGUUAUUGUAGUGAAGACUGUUCGGUCUUGACUUUGGUUUUGGCUUUUGUUGGUGAUGGGGAGAAAAGUUGACAAGGUCUCAUUUUGUAGUACAGGCUGUUCUCUGAGCUUGCACUGUUUCUUGAAUCUUAGAUUGAAGAGCUUCUGCCACCAUGUCCAACUGGACGAUACUCUACAGCUUCACAUUUACAGUGCAAGUGUGGUGUUUCAUGUAGUGUUACAAUACUAGUCUUUGCCUUAAGAAACUCAGAUCUAGGUGUAGUGGGGAUUUUGGUUUCUUUAAAAUUACAGAAAUGUUUUUUAUUUUAAUAUGGGGCUGCUUCAGAAUGUCCACAGCAUGUAUGAUUUAUCUCAUGUUCUGACAGGGGUGUGAUUUUGAAAGUUGAAGAUAGCUUAUGUUUGUAAUUCUGGGAACUCUUGAGAGGGUAUAUAAAGUCUAGAGCCCCAAGAGAGGUGGCAGCUGCUAAUAUUCUUGCUGUUGCUGUUUGGAUGCUGUUGGUUGUGAUUUAUUACAUAGAAGAAAUUGAUUUGCCUCAAGGAACUUGAUACUCCAAUCACUAGGAAGUUGUUAAAUGAUAUUGACACCCCUGUUCCCUUCUAGCCUCAUUUCUCUCCUGCCUAGGGUUGUGGGAUUGGAAAUGGAUAAGGAGUAGUGCGGUAAAAAAGGGGAACCCAUAAAGUAGCCAAAAGUCUGUUUUGUUUUUUGAUGGGACAUAUCCUAGCAUGCAUUUAUGCUAGUCAGAGAAGGAAACUUCUAAGACACAUAAGGAAAGCAGGAGAGUUUUUACUUAAGCAGUAUUUUCAGGUAGGCUACAGUGUCUAGGGCACAUAAGAAUGAUACUGGCUUUUGAUAGGAUUAUGGACAUAUAAUCUACAUGGAAAAGAUGGUAAAAUGGGUUUUUGUUUGGUUUUACUUUGGUAAGAUGCAGGUAAUUGGGUAGGCUUAUUUGACUCCCCUAGAAUUUCUCUGCUGUCAUUCUUAAUUAGGAAGCAAAGCCGUUAGUUAGCCAAGGAGCUUUAGAGAGAAAUGAUGAAACAGUGGAGGGAAAGGAGACAACAGUUGGGCUGGGGAAAUAGUUAAGUGUUGAUGGACAGAGUAGUAGUCGUCUUAAAGGUCAUGUUCUUGAACUGAAAAUGAAAACUGAUGGCAUGGUGGUGGGUUUUCCCUUUAAUCAUAUUCAGAGUCUCAGAGCAGACAAAACAGUUUACAGUUUACUAGGGCUUAGGUUUAGGGACAUAGGCAGAGGAGGCACAUUUACUGACCACAUUUACAUGAGAUUUUAAUGAAUGGAACAUAGGGAUACGGGGAAGGUAAAUAAGGUCAGGGAAAAGCGAUAGAAUUAAUGAGCCUUAGAUACAUUGUGCUCAAUUGUCAAAGAACUUUUAAUUUUUGACUAGAGGAGGUAAGGUGGAACAUGAGGGGCAUAUUUACAAAGUGUGCUUGAAAUUGAGAUCAUCCAGAGAUGGUAGCUAUUGUUAAAGACAAGCUAUAGCACGUGACCAUGCAAGCGGAGACAUCACCACUGGCAGAGAUCCACCUUCUUCAUCCCAAUCUCAGUUGAUUAAAUUACAAGCUAUUAUAUCCAUUCUUGAAGGAAAAUGGGCUAUAUGUUAUUAGUUUUCUCUCCAACGCUCAGGAUUUAAUGGCAAGAUUGUGUAUGUGGCCGUAAAACCAAAAUCAGUCACAUUUGAAAAUCCAGUUCGGCUAACUGGAUCACAAUCAAGACUGCAGCUGCGCAGUAGAAGCCCUGCACAGUUUCUAGGCAACAGAUAUAGCUGCUUUGGUCCCUGGCUAUAUAGCCAGGCAAAGAUUCUUGUCUACACACAACUCCAGAUUUGGUCAGAUCGAGAGGCAAUUGUGAACGAGGUGGUUGCGGCAAAGGACAUGGGCUGUUGGCUAGGAUUCCCAGGAACAUCUUAAUUAGAGAUCUUCUUACCAUGAAGAAAUUCUUCUGCUUCAGGGGAAAGAGGAAGACAGAUGAUUAUCACAGCAACUUCUCAGAACUGCCCAUUAGCAUGGCCAGGACCGCGCCUAGCCUGUCCAUAGGUGGGGGAUCUCACCUUCGAGAUAAGCACUUAAAGAAACUUCAUAAAGCUGCUUCAGUUGGCAAUGUGCAGAAGCUGAAGGAUUACCUUGAACGCAAGAAAUACGAUGUGAAUGGGCGGGACAAAAGAAGCAGAACACCUUUGCAUUUGGCCUGUGCUAAUGGAUAUACAAAUAUUGUCUCCCUUUUAAUUGAGAAUCAAUGCAAAAUUAAUGUCCAGGAUAGUGAAAACAGAACCCCAUUGAUUAAGGCAGUAGAGUGUCAACAGGAGAGCUGUGCUACGGUUCUUCUACUCCAUGGUGCAGACCCAAAUCUGGUAGAUGGUUAUAGUAACACUGCUCUUCAUUAUGCUGUUUGUGGACAGAAUAUCUCACUAGCCAAAAAAUUGCUUGAAUACAAAGCCAAUCUUGAAGCCAAAAAUAAGGAUGGUUGCACUCCACUUUUACUUGCUGUUACUGAAAAUAAUGAAAAUAUGAUAAAGUUCCUCUUGAAGAAAGGAGCAGAUGUAAAUGCAUCAGACAACAACCACAGAACAGCCAUCAUGAUUGCUCUGAUUGUUGAACCAACAAGUUCUUUAAAACUUCUUCUUCAGCAAGAUAUGGACCUAGCAUGCAAAGAUAUUUACGGAUUUACAGCUGAGGAAUAUGCAUCAUUUAAUGGCUUUACUAUGUAUCAUCAGAUAAUUGCCAAUAAGGAGAACAAGAAGAAAACUGAGCGAAGAGCUUACUGACUAAGCAGUUUUUCUUGUUACUUUAUAUUUUCUUUCAAAAAAGAAAACAUCCUUUUCCUUCCAAAGCAAUAUUUAACUAUGGAAUUAAAGUUUUCCUCUGUUUUAAAAAUCAUAAAUCAUUUUGAAGAUAUUCUUCAUUAAAAUUUUCUGACAGUCCAUGUACUAAAAAUUAAAAAAAAAAUCUGGUAAAA